CACAGAGACACCAAGAGUCUGAUGAUUAACCAAUCUUUCAUUUCUAAUUUUUUUGAUUUCCAGAGACUCUUUGCUCUGGUGCUCACUUCAGGUUACACAAUGGAUUUUGUGAAUUAUUCAAAAUUAAUUAUGUUUCUCAUAAUAAUUUCUCACAAUUAGUGCAUUUUUUACAAUAUUCAAAUCUUUAUACUACCUUUCUGUGUCUAUAGAAACCAUCUGCAGCUGCACUGGACAUAACACAUGAAUCUACCUUUCAUUUUGCUACGUUCUUUCGAUACCACCCACUUAUUUCUCCAUAGGGUGUCACUAUAGUCCUCAUCUUUUGCCCUCCGCCUCAUUACUCUCAUCCAUCUUUGCCCUUUACUUCCUGGCCUCAUUCUUCACCUCUACCCUUCCUCCUCCCUGCUCCAGGUACCAUCUUAGGACUUCUAACGCCUCAUUUCCACUGAGCAGCAUGGGUUGGUACAGUUUUGUACACUUAUUUGACUGUUCCCAAUGUAAAAGUGGCCCAUACAGCCGACUAGUACCACACCAUUCCUGGGCCUCCUUUAGUUUAGGUCAAAAGAGAAAUGGUAUCGUAUGGUUAAGGUGGAGCUACUAGUGUCACACAAUUCAUUGAUUGGAGGACAGAAAAAUGUCUCUACUACAAAACAUGAGAUAAAAACAGCUUCUUUGUUGGUGAAAUGAGUUUUAUGUUUCGUUUGCAUGGAAGUCAUGAAUCAUUGUGGCUGACUUCCAUAAUACACAGGUAGCAACACAAGGAUAACCUGGAAUUAAAGGUGUGGUUUUAUUUUUUAGACAAAUAGACAUGAGGGAUAGAGCCCUAGAGCAUGAGGGCUAGAUCAGUGCUAGUGAAAGCCCUGAUUUAUAGACACCUGUUCAGAGUCCCAGAAAAAGAAAAAUACCAGGUGCAAGUCAACCAGGGUAGCAAAAAUUGUAACAAUUCACACCAGUAAGAGGUGAGCAGAGUAUCUAAAAAAUGUACUUAAACAUAUUUUUUACUUAAGUAAGACUCAAAAGAGCCAGUUUAGAUUUUGGGGUGGCUUUUGCAGUGCAACCACAAGAUAAGCAGGAGGUGGCAGCAGUUGGCCGUACCUCCAUUAAUACGGGGAAGCGACAUGUCCCUGACGAAUAUGGCGGCCGAGCUCACGUUUGGCUGUGGCGGGCUUCGACGGGACGUCACCGGAAGCAGCAUUUGUUUACCUCUGGAGACCUCAACGCCGGAAUCUAAACUUUGUCGUCCAACUGACUUUGUGAACUGAACGUAAGUUUAUUUAAGACUGGGAAAUAACUUUAUUUAGAGCGAAUCGCGGAUCUAACUUCCUUUUUGUAACUUUGCGUCGGCGUUAAGACAACAUGGCUUCAAAUUUAGAAGAGGAACUGUCCUGCCCCGUUUGUCGGGACAUCUUCAGAGACCCCGUCCUCCUGUCCUGCAGCCACAGCUUCUGCAGGGCCUGUCUGAGCAGGUGGUGGACGCAGAAACAGAUCCGAAAGUGUCCGGUUUGCAACUGCGACUCCGACCGCAAGGAGCCCACGUGCAACCUGGUGCUGAAGAACACGUGCGAGGCUUUCCUCCUGGAGCGUGAAGAUGUCUGCCAGCUGCACUCAGAGAAACUGAAGCUGUUCUGCUUGGACGACAAGCAACCGGUGUGUCUCAUCUGCAGGGACUCCAAGCAGCACAGCGGCCACGUCUUCCGGCCAGCAGCCGAGGUGGCGCAGGACCGCAGGGAGGCGUUGCGAAAGUCCAUCAUGCCACUCCAGGAGAAACUCAAGCUUUUCACAAAAGUAAAGGAAGACUUGGACCUGACUGCCCAACACAUUCACUCCCAGGCCCGGCUCACGGAGGCCAGGAUACGGAAGGAGUUCAGGAUGCUGCAGCGGGUUUUGCGUGACGAAGAGGAGGUCAGGGUGGCUGCGGUGAAGGAGGAAGAGGAGCAGAAGAGUCUGAGGGUGAACGAGAAGAUUAAGGUUCUAAACGGAGUAAUGACUGCUCUUUACGACACCAUAAAAUCUGCAGAGAGGAAGCUGAGAUGUAAAGAUGCUGCGCUCCUGCAGAGCUCCAGCGCUGCAGGAACGGAGCAGCAGCGCCCCCUGCCGGAGCUGUCCCAGCCGGCUGCGGGCGCACUAAUGGAUGUGGCCAAACACCUGGGCAACCUGCGCUGUAACACCUGGAAGAAGGUCAAACACGUGGUGUCCCGUACGCCAGUGGUUUUGGACCCAAACACUGCCGGACCGGGACUUAUCAUCUGCGAGGAUCUCGCUGCGGUGAGGCGGGGAAGCAGACAGAAACUUCCCGGGAAUCCCGAGAGGUUUGAGUCGGAGGGGAUCGUUUCGGCCUCCAGGGGCUUCACUGCGGGCGUCCAUUUCUGGACCGUGGAGGUGGCAGACUGCAGCAGCUGGUUCGUUGGCGUUGCAGAAGAAUCGUUCAAAAGGAAGAAACCGAUUCAGUUCAGGUCGGGAUUGUGGGCUGUUUGUUUUUCCAAAGAAAAAUAUUCCUAUUUCUCCCCAGGAGCACCCGCUAGCUUCCACGUUAUAGGAAAACUGCAGGCAAUCCGGGUCCAUCUGGACCUGGAGAGGGGAAAACUGUCUUUUACCGACCCCAAAACCCUCAAGCACAUCUGCACCUUCUCACACAGCUGGUCUGAGAAAAUGUUUCCGAUCUUUUACGUGGGAGGCGUCAAACCGAUGAAGAUAUUACCGUCAGAGGGCGGCGGGCCGGACGACGAGGACAGCAAGGAGUAGGACGCAAUUACGGAUGAGAAAACAGAAACGUUCCUCAGGGUAAAUGAAGCGGCUCAUCCUAACGAACUAAAGCACGUCAGGAGAUCUCUGUCUAUUGCUGCGUUUCCAUUAAACAUAAAAUUGCAAUUAUGAGAAUAAAUUUGCUUAAUGGAAACACGAAAAUUGUAUUUAGCAAAAAUGCAAUAAAAGCAUCCCCCCCCCCCCACAUUACAGUAUCAACAGCCGGAUAUCACUACUGGUGAAAACAGGGAAGAAGAAAGUAGUAGGAUGGUGAAUAUUUUAUUUUAUUUUAUUUUAGAACAAUGUGCAGCUGGUUCAAUCAUAGUUCUCACAGCAUCAGGGUUCAUAAACAGUUGUGCAUCAUUCCAAAGGAUUAAAUCCAUAGCUUUUCUGUAAAAUGGCCGACUACAAUUUCCCAAAACUUUGCUUACGUUGCCGGCUCCAAAAUAGGCGGGGCUUGUUGUUCAAAUCUGAGUAGGACACUGACGUCUCCUCUGAUGGCUAAUAGAUGAUGAGCGCUUGCGCCGUUGCUGAAUUAUGAAUACAUGUCAUCCAACCGUCUACAUCCUCGCUGCCAUGAUUUUUAAUCAAAAAAACAAACAAACCAUCAGCCUCCAACCGCUGCCUGUCAUCAUCUUGCCAGUGGUAACGUCCUGUUGUUGGUCACGUGACUCCUGUGAUUUUUUUUAACAAGUCUUUCCAUUGCACUCUGACCAGAUAAAAACAUUUUGAUGUGGCUGAAAAACCACCUCAUUCUAGUGCAAAAAUCUGUCAUGGAAAAACCUGAGGUUUUUCAAAAUUGGUGUUUCCCAUUAUGCAAAUUUAUUUUUGUAACUUCAGUUUUAUGGUUAAAGGAAACAUAGCUGGUGUUAAAUUAAAAAUGGUGAAUUAUGCUGAAACAGAACUGUUGGGUCUAAUUUUUCAGAUGUUGUGUUUAAGGGUCAUUAAUGCGUCACCGCCAGUUUACAGUGUUUAAAACAAACAGACAAGACUUCUUCUGUGGGUCUAAAUUAGGAAUAAAUAAUCCUACAAAUAAAUGAAUCAACACAUUUGUAUGGAAAAGGAUUCAGGAUAAAAUAACUCUGAAGUCUCACAGUUCAGAGUUUAGACUCAGAAUUAUGACGGUUUUAUUUUUUAAACAAAAUUCAGAUUUUAAUCUCAGAAUGCUGACUUUCCUGGAAAUUCAGAUUCUUUUUUUCCCUUGCAAAAAUUAUGGAAAAUAAUAGAAUUUGUUUUAUCAAACAGUUGUUCUGUUAAUUCUGGUUGCAAUAAUCAGUAACAGCUGUUCAUUGCAACCAGAAUUACAGAAUUAUUAUAAAUGGUCCUUUUCUGUGUUUUUUCCAGAACAAGAAUUGUAUUGUUGUUACAUUGAUUGAAUAAUAAUAACUGGCUGAAAAUGUUUGCCUAAGAAGAGGAUUAACAGUUUGAAGCAGCCUUGCUGUGUUGUUUGCAUUUUGUUGU